AUGGAUUAAAACUAGAGAUGGGACGAUUCAGGCUGGACGUUAGGAAGAAGCUCUUCACCAUGAGGGUGGGGAGACACUGGAACAGGUUGCCCAGAGAGGUGGUGGAAGCCCCAUCCCUGGAAGUUUUUAAGGCCAGGCUGGACGGGGCUCUGAGCAACCUGAUCUAGUGGGAGGUGUCCCUGCCCAUGGCAGGGGGGUUGGAACUAGAUGAUCUUUAAGGUCCCUUCCAACCCUAACAAUUCUAUGAUUCUAUGGUCUGUCCCAAAGCCUUGCGGCUUGCCCUGGCUGGUGGCAGACUCCUUAACCCCUGCUGGUCAGUCAUUGUCUUGCCAGGUAAUUAAUGGGCUUUUAUGUGCCGGUGUCACUGUAGCGUCUGGCUUCAUAGUCCAAAGUGAUGUAAAUUUGUCCUUAAAUUCUGUGUGGUCGUUUUUUUUUUUGUUUUUUUUUUUGUGUGUGUGGCUGGUUGAACCAUUAAGCAUAAACUGGCUUGAACUGGGUAAUUUGAGGCUGAGGGGGCCCUGCGAAGGUGACAAGAGCGGCAGGGACACGGGGAGCAGGGUGUGGGUGUACGGCUGGGAGGACACAAAUCACGAUGGUACGUGCCAGAUCAAAUAUCAGCUUCAUACAACCUUGGGCUUAAGAGCAGGGUUGGGAGCAGAGAUGCCAGCGAACCGGUGCCGACUUCCACCGUCGGAAAGUGAGAGCAGCUUGGCAAAAAUCCUCCCUGAGCCUUUUCUGCUCUCUUUUACUUACUGUGCAUGUCUGGGGAGGGCGGCAAAGGCUGUCACUGAUGCCAGGGUGUGGGGUGGGAACGGAGGGAGCUGCUCAAGGUGAACAGCACUGUCUGCAUCCCGAUGAGCUGGAGCUACGAAUAUCGAAACCAAGAGGCUCCGGAGAGGUCCUGGAGAUAAUGCUCAUGGUUCCCCAGGGCUGAAGGCUGUGGUCCCUCUGUCCCUGGUGUCUGCAGCCCCGUGUCGGGCUGUAGGUUUGCUGCAGUGGCUGGUCGUUAGCCCUGGGGCACCUGGAGCUGCUCGCUGCCCUGGGUGGCUGGGCGGAAAGGAGGGAGCGAUGCCGAAACGACAGGUUUUCAGCUCCCCCUGAGGCUCAGCCAGCGACAGAAUCCGUCCUUGUGAAAAAUGGGACCUCAAAGGCCCAAUAUGUGGAAGAGCUGUUUCCUACCCAUCUCCUCCUCUCCCAAACUGGGUUCCCCUGGUUGAAUCACAGCUCUGUCCUGGGUAACGCUGCUGGAGACCUGCUUAGCAAAAAAGGAGGAGGAAGCUGGGUGCUGAGCCGAUACGCAGGUUUUUUUCCUCUAAGGCUUCAGCAGCCGGGAGAACAGGAGAGCAGAGCAAAGCCAUUACUUUUGUGACAAAGGUGGAGCUGGAUGGAGAGCCGAGAACUGCCAGAGCUGCCCUGUGGGAGAUGCUCCAUUAGGAAAUUGCCUCCGUGACCGAGUGCAAGAAAGUGGCUCAGCAGGAAGCUAAUGUCUUCUGCGGAGGCCACAGGCUUAUCCGCGUCGGAGCUGUGCCGUAGGGGGGAACCUUAGGUGCCUCCUAAAGCCCGAGAGUUUAAUUUGUCUUUUUUUUGUGCAGAUUAAGAAAGAGAACACUCUCAGUUCCCGGAGGAAAGGAGAAAAAAGAGUGGUGAAGUUGGUCAUCGUGGCUCAAAAAUGCAGUUGUUAUUCCCUCGAGUUAUAACAUCAUUAAAAGCAGUCAGGGUUAGAGGCGUGUGGAUGAAUUGCCUCCAAGUCCAGGCCUCCUGGUAAGGAUGGAGUGGAACAAGCUUGACCUUUGGGAAGCCCAGAUUCACCAAGAUGAAGACAGCAACCAACAUUUACAUCUUCAACCUCGCUCUGGCUGAUACCUUGUGUCUGAUGACCUUACCUUUCCAAGGUACAGACACGUUCCUGGGCUUCUGGCCCUUUGGCAAUGUCCUCUGCAAGAUUGCCAUCUCUAUAGACUACUACAACAUGUUCACAAGCACCUUCACCCUGACGAUGAUGAGCGUGGACCGCUACAUUGCUAUCUGCCACCCUAUCAAAGCACUAGACAUCCGCACUCCCCACAAGGCCAAAGUGGUGAAUGUCUGCAUCUGGGCGCUGGCUUCUGUCUUUGGCAUCCCAGCCAUGGUGAUGGGAUCUGCAGAGAAUGAAAACAACGAAAUUGAUUGUCUAAUUAAACUCCCUUCACCCGUGGAUUACUGGGAUCCAGUGUUUGGCAUCUGUGUCUUUCUCUUCUCCUUUAUGAUCCCCGUGUUGAUCAUCACCAUUUGCUACAGUCUCAUGAUCAGACGACUCAAGAACGUCCGUGUCCUCUCAGGCUCCAAAGAGAAGGACCGAAACCUGAGGCGCAUCACCCGGAUGGUCCUGGUGGUAGUGGCAGUCUUCAUCAUUUGCUGGACUCCCAUCCAGAUUUUCGUGCUGGUCCAGUGCUUGGGUGCCAAGGCAGAAAGCGAGCUCGAGCUGGCCAUCUCCUGCUUCUGCACCGCGCUGGGCUAUGCCAACAGCAGCCUCAACCCCGUGCUCUACGCCUUCUUGGACGAGAACUUCAAGGCAUGCUUCAAGAAGUUCUGCUUCCCCACCGCCUUCAGGACCGAGCUCCAGAUGUCCAACAGGAUGUGCAGCAUCGCCAAGGAUGUGGCCUAUGCCUGCAAGAACUCGGAGGGGACUAACAAUCCGGCCUGACUAGGCAUGGAAAUUCCCAUGGUGGCUGUCGCUCAGCAGAGUCCAACCACCCCCACGUCAGAGCUGACUCAGAUAACGGCUCUUUAGCAGGACCUCAAAACUGCGAGGCCAGAAACCGAGGAAACAAUUUUGGGGGUUGGAAAAACCGGAUACUGCAAGAGCAUGCGGAAAAAGUGAGCCCAUUUGAUGCAUUUCUAAUUCCAGUGCAUCCCGCACUAAGGAACGCGUUUGAAAUCAGCCCUUUGAUUCCUGCAAAACCCUGGUGGUUUGCAACAUUCUUGAGAAUUCGGGAAUUAAGGGUUUAAAACAGGCAUUGCUCCUGGGACUUACACUUUUGCUGCUGGGAGACAGACAAAAUGCGAAGUAUUCCAUUUCUUUUUUUCCUCCCUGAGUUGUUUAAGGCGCUAACAACUCGCGUGGCUCACCAGCCGUUCGUGUGCAGGUUUUUAUUCCUGCGGCAUUGCUCUGAAAUUAGACUUUGCUGAAGCCAAAGUGGGCAGCAGCCGUCAGACAAAAAAACCCAAGAUCAUCUCCAGGAUGAGUCAUCGGGAGGGGAAGGAAGGAUGCGGGGAGGGAGAGGAGGGAGCUGGUGGAAAGGGAAACUCAAGCCGCCCCACGGCUGGGAGCCUGGGGAGGACACUGUCAGCUCCCGCGGACGGGGUCUGCAGUAAAACCCCCCACCUGGAGAGAGGGGAACGGGGGGGUGAGAAGGGACUGUCAAAACUGAUGAACGUAGCUCAGAAGAGGAGGAAGAAAAGACGGAUGAAAUGAAGACAAAUCCUUGUUUACAUGCUGCUAUUGCUUUUUUUUUUUUUUAAACCUUGUAUUUCCAUUGUAAUAAUGGACAGAAUGUGUCUGUACCUACACAGCUCUAUAGUGCGAGAGGUACGGCUGGAACAUAAGAUUUCAUCUUGCCGAGCAUGCCUUCGGGUUCUUCCUCAGUGAGAGGAGGAAGGAAUGAAGUGGCCUAUGUAGACAUGUAUUUAUGUAUAGCGGGAAGCUAUUUCCGAGAAGUCGGAACAGCAGCUCCUCCAGAAGACAUGGACGUUUCUGGUAGGAGGGGCAGCCCAGAACAGUCCCACCCGCUCCACAGGCGAGAAGUGGUGCACAAACCUUACAAAAGGUGGUUUGUUGGAGUUGGGUUUUUUUGUGUGUGGUUUUUGUUUUGUUUUUUUUUUUUCUUUUUAACGAAAUGAGGUCCACAAUGCUGAGAGCACUCGGGAAAUGCUGCCCCGAGGUACCACCCCUCCUGCCAACCAGAGACUGAUUUUUUUUUUCCCUGUCCCAGCGGGGCAGAGCUUUGUAAAAUGAAAUGCCCUGUCAUUUCAUUUGAUAACGAAAGAGUUCCCGAAGAGUUUAACCACCGAGUGCCCUCCGUGCUGGCAGGGACAGCAGACUCGUAUUUUCCCUGUAGCACAACCCCCCCGGGGGAAAUCUGGGCGGUGGUGCCGAUGGGGAAGCGAAGCAACGACCUCCCUUUGGAGAAGGGAGGCCAGCUCCAACGCGAGAACCGGCAGCAUUGUCCGGACUGUACAGAUUUCAUGUGAAUAUAUUUCCUGUGCUCUGGUCUAUGAGAUUCUGUAUUUUUAAUGUAUUGAUUUGCCAAUAUUUUAAUGCUGUCAUGUUCUUUAUAUAUGCUGUAUAAAAGAAUCCAAUGCUAUAUUUCUAUGUAGAGUGUUUCCCUUAUGGUUGGGCUUAAAAUAUAGAUGCGAUUCCAGUGUCCCGCGUAUAGGACCCAGAUCCCUUGUAAAUCACUCCAGCUGGGAGGAUUUUCAUGCUGAUUGGCAUCUGAUUGGGAAUCUGGAGGGAUACCAGAGCAAACUUUGCAAUUAGCGCUUCCCCUGAAUAAAGUCAGGGGGAGGAGGAAAUCUGGGCACUUUAAGCACUUUGCAAUGGAUGUUUUUCCCCGAGCGCUCCCCAGGAAAUCUCCUACAACCCCCAAACAUGCGAAGAAGAACUCCCGGAGAACCACGCUGCUGGCAAGCUGCAUCCCUGCCCUUGAAAAGAUGAGUUUGGUGGGCUGUUGUGUCGGUGGGUACAAUAAGAGCCUUGGUCAUUGAGCAACCUUGACUCUUCUCGGCCCAUCAGGUGCCGUAGGGGCUGACGGGGUGCUGGGUGCCGCGGUACGUGAAGCUGGGAACCGCCUGCCGGGCUUUCCGUGCAGUGCCAUUAGGGAGCAGGAGAGCGUUCGUUAGUGGCUGGCAAAGGAACAGCCACCCUCCCUUUGUAGUUCUUGGUUGGGUUUUUAAAUAGAUUUACGUCCUCUGAAAAAUAUCCCGGUGUUUGGCGUUUUGGGUUUUUUUUUGUUUUUGUUUUUGUUUUUUUUUAUAAGGAUUUUGUUAUAAUGACUAUGCUGCAACGAUCUUACAUAAUCAAGUACUCAAUAAAUGUGCGUUUACUCAGCUUUUGGGUAAUUCUGUGGCCCUCGCAGUGAAUGUGUUUCGGCAUUCUGUUCAAUGCUCAGUGGAGUUUGUUAUAAGAAGAGCAACAAAAAACCUGAAAGCAAAAGCUUUAUUGUACUGUGCCUAUGGAGUUACAGGCUUGCGAUCGGCUGGCUGGCUGAAGCGCAGGCUCUUUAAUUCUCUUCUGAAAUGGUCGUGUUGGUAUGAUUUUACAAUUACCGCAGUGUAAAUGACAAUUUCCUAGGUGGCUACUUGUGUGCUUUAAUAAAGGAAAAUAAA